ACACACAUCCAAGAAGAUUUGAUUUCUAUAUGGCAGCGACGAUGGACUUACCAUCCACCAAAUGGUUCUCUGAAUUGGAAAUGGAAGAAUAUAACAUCAUCCAAUUGUACCACAUGAAUCCCUUGGUUGGAGAUGAUACUACUCUUCCACAGUCCAUUGACAUCGCCGAGUAUUUUGAUGGUUCUUCUUAUGAGUUGAUUGAAGAGAAACCCUCGAAUGCUCUCAAGACUCAUCACAUACAACCAAAAAUAUUGUCAUCUCCUCCUCAAAAACGUCAACCUUCAACUCAAAUUCUUUCUUUCGAAAAUGGAGGCUUUGAUACAAAUGACCUUUCAAAUUACCCAAUCUUUAUCCCUAAGGAGGCAGAGAUAAGAAAAUUAGAAGUUGAGACAGAUCAAAGCCGAUAUGGACGACGAGGCACCAAAAGGGCUCAUCAAUCGACUCGUAUCCAACCACACGGUCAAGACCAUGUACUGGCCGAGAGGAAACGGAGGGAGAAGCUUACUCAGAGAUUCGUAGCUCUAUCUGCCAUGGUUCCCGGCUUGAAGAAGAUGGACAAGGCUUCUGUGCUUGGUGAUGCGAUAAAGCAUAUAAAACAUCUCCAAGAUAGAGUGAAGGAGUUUGAAGAAGAGAAGAAGGAAAGAUCAAUGGAAUCCGUGGCUCUCAUCAAGAAGUCUCGGCUCGUUCUUGAUGAAGAAGACGACAAAUCCGACAGCUCAAACUCGGCUCUUCCAGAGAUUGAAGUCAGGGUUUCGGGUAAAGAUGCCAUGAUUAAGAUCCUUUGCGAGAAGCAAAAGGGUCAUGCGACAAAGAUCCUUUCCGAAAUCGAAAAGCUUCAUUUGUGCAUCCUCAACAACAACAUUUUGCCAUUUGGACCCACUCUUGACAUUACCGUGAUUGCUCGGAAGGAGCGUGAUUUCGACAUGACAACGGUGGAUGUUGUGAAGAACUUAAGGUUGGCUUUCUCGAAGUUUAUGUGAUCUGUCGGCUUCGCUCUUAAUUUGGUCGAUUUAUAUGGCAACUCGAGCGAAAGGAGAUAAUUGAACUGCUCGAAGGUUUCGCCAUGAAACGUUUAGUUGAUAUCCCAUGUACGUGUAAGGAGGGUUUCUUUGCUCUUUUCAUGACCUCUCUGUUACUUGUAUUGUUCACAGAUUGUACAUGUUUUGUCCAACUGAAACUUCGUUAAGUU